AUGGAAACAGCCGCCGAACCGCUGAGAAGAUUACGAGCGUAUACGCCAGCAGAAAAAAAGCUUUUGAAAAAAAUUAUAUUUGCAGUCAUGCCGCUCGUUUGUACAGUUCAAUAUGUUCAAAUCACUGACAAAUUUACACUCAAUUCUGCCGGUGUGAUGGGGAUAUACAGAGAUGCUUCGAUCACUCAUGAUCAGUUUAGUCUCCUCGGCUCGGUGUUCUUUGUGGGAUUUCUAUUUCCCAACACUUACUUACUCCAGUGUUUGCCGGUUUCCAAAUAUUUUGGAACGAUAAUUGCGCUAUGGGGUGUAGUCCUGAUGUGCAUGUCACUCGGAGAAAAUUUCUCCGAGCUCGCUGGACUUCGGUUUUUGCUAGGACUGUUGGAAGCAACGAGUGCGCCAACGAUCCUACUGGUGAUCAACUUGUAUUUUCGGCGAAGGGAGCAAACAAUUUGCAUUGCAGCAAUGCAGCUCUCUAGCGAAGUUGCCGUUAUAUUUAGUCAUUUGAUCAUUUACGGAUUCGGAUAUAUGGAUAACCUUCAUGGUGUAAGCGCAUGGAAAUGGAACUUCAUCAUCUGGGGAAUCGUCACGGUCUUCAUCGGUGUCUGCGUAUUCAUAUUUUUGCCGGAUCAAAAGGAGUCGCGCUGGUUCCGUUUGACGCCUACUGAAAAGGAGAUCGUCAAGGAACGUGUUUGUGACACAGGCAUGGUUCGUGACAAACUGUUCAAGUUAUCGCAUGUCGUGGAGUCAGUCAAAGAAACUAGAUUGUACUGCUAUUGUUCUAUCGCGCUGCUGCUAUGCUUACAGAAUGGCUGCGUUUCCUUGUACAGUUCCCAGAUUUUCCGCGAUUCCGGAUUUUCGAAACUCGAUUCUGUCAUCUUAAACGUGCCUAGAGGCGUGAGCGCCAUUAUCCUCAUGGUCAUAGCUGGGUAUAUCAGUCAGCGAUACAAUGACACAUGUCGCGUUGGUGCGGGCAUGGUGGGUGUCUUUUUUAUCGGAGCAUUGAUCCUGGCCACCGUCCAUAAUGGCAAUAUUCGUCUUUUGGGAGUCUACCUAUCUACUAUGCUGCCAGCGUAUGUCCUGAUGCAAUCGUCAUGUGCCAAGAACGUUAUCGGAUAUACGAAAAAAACGUUUUACAACGCGUGUAUUUACGUAGCCAUAUGUAUAGGCAACUUUGUUGGCCCAUUAUUCAUGAGAGAAAAUGAAGCGCCAUUUUACACGAGUGGUAUGGUCGGAUAUAUGAUCGCAGAUGCAAUCGCAAUUACUCUUUUCAUUUACGUUUAUUGGUGGCACAAACGAGAGAAUCAACGUCGGCAGCAGUUGAAGAGUGGAGGAAGGAUUCCACUUGCGCCGCCAAACGACAGAGACGAAUUGGAUCUUACUGAUAAAGAGGAUUUGGCAUUUGUUUAUACGUACUAA